AGAAGAAGAAAGAAAGAAAAAUAAGCUUGCUUGGUUUCAAGUCCUCCCCAGCUGUUUUUUGUUUGGUUUGUUUUUGUUUUGAGACAGGGUCUCGCUCUGUCACCCAAGCUGGAGUGCAGAGGCUGUAUCAUGGCUCACUGUAGCCUCAAACUCCUGAGCUCAAGUGAUCCUCCCACCUCAGCCUCCCAAGUACCUGGGACUACGGCACACACUACCACACCCAGCUCACUUAAAAAAAAAAUUUGUAGAGACAGGUCUCACAAUGUUCCCCAGGUUGGUCUCAACCUCCUGGGCUCAAAUGAUCCUCCCACUUCAGCCUCCCAAAGUAUCAGGAUUACAGGCAUGAGCCACUGCAGCCUCCUAGCUUUACUUAAAUGAAUCAGAUUCAAAACUGUUCUCAGGUGUCUCAUGGGCUAGAGGGGAGCUUGCCCUGUAAACAGAUCCUAGACCACUGUGGUUAACCGCUGCAAGAGAGAAAACCCAUAGAGCUUUGAGGAGGAAGUUGGGGAGAUCAUGGAAGGCUUCCUAGAGGGUGCUCUGAGCUGCACCUUGAAGAAACAGUUAAAAAUGAGCGAGGCAUAUACACCUACUAUGCACUCACAAAAAUUAAAAUUAAAAAAAAUUAAAAAUGAAGUAGGCAGAGGCUGGUGAUGAGGGUAGAGGUGGGUAAGUCUCAGAAGGUCUCGAGUAUCCAGCUUAAAAGCCAGGACCCGGCUGGGCGUGGUAGCUCACGCCUGUAAUCCAAGCACUUUGGAGGCCAAGGCAGGCAGAUUACCUGAGGUCGGGAGAGUUCAUGACCAGCCUGACCAACAUGGUGAAACCCCGUCUUAAAAAAAAAAAAAAAAAAAGCCAGGACCCAGCACUGUUUGGUCUGGGGCAGGUUAGCAGGACAUCAGGAAAAGGCCUCUGCCUCCUCAUUUCUCAGAGACUGUCUAGUUUGGAGGGCUUAGGAGGCAAGAGUAGACCAAUAGUAAGAAACCAAAGAGAAACAGAUUCAACUUUUCAUAGUAACAGCAGCCCAAGCCAACCACCCACAGUGCUCUAGGCCGUAUGCAUUGUUUAUGUGAAUACUCAAAAUUGCUCCAUGAGGUUAGGUGUUCUGGAUCCUGCUUUGCAGAGGAGGAAACUGAGGUUCAGAGAGAUUAGGUAACUUGCACAGUUACAGAAAGCUGAGAUUCAGACCCAGGUUUGCCCGACUCCCAAGCCUGUGCUCAAAACCACCUCUGUGCUUCCUCUCUUUGGAAAACUCUUUCUUUCUUUAAAAUACAGAGAUGAGGUUUCUCCAUGUUGGUCAGGCUGGUCUCGAACUCCUGACCUCAGGUGAUCCGCCCACCUCAGCCUUCCAAAGUGCUGGGAUUACAGGCGUGAGCCACAGUGCCCGGCCAAGGAAACUCUUGCAGUUGAGAACCAGCUCACAGUGUAGGGUGAGGAACGUCCCCAAACAAGACAGAGGCAAGACCACUGCUCUUGGGAUUUUCAUUGUUCACUUAUCUUAGCACUGGGAGGGUAUGUGAACUGCCAAUUCUCUUCUCAUUUUGAGAUUCUCUUUCUCUUUCUGUCUUUCUUUCUUUCUUUUUUUGACAGAGACUUGCUCUGUACCCCAGACAGGCUGGAGUACAGUGGCGCAAUCUUAGCUCACAGCAACCUCCACCUCCUGGGUUCAAGUGAUUCUCCCAUUGAGAUUCUAUUUCUUUUAGAGAAUUAGUAAUGGUACUUGCCUGGCCCAGGCUAGAGUGCAGUGGCACAAUCUUGGCUCAUUGCAACCUCUGCCUCCCUGGGUUCAAGCGAUUCUCCUGCCUCAGCCUCCCACAUACCUGGGAUUACAGUUGCGUGCUGCCCGGCUAAUUUUUGUAUUUUCAGUAGAGACAGGGUUUCACCAUGUUAGGCCAGGCUGGUCUCUAACUCCUGACCUCAAGUGGACUGACCUCAAGUGCUAGGAUUACAGGGAUAAGCCACUGCGCCUGGUAGCAGAGGUUCUAUCGGCACCUUAGGUAUUACUUCCUCUGUUUGACAGAUGAAGAAAUUGAAACCCAGAGGUGAAAGUGGCCAUUCAAAUCCUGGGCGCCCCUAGGAGUCAGGAUGUUGGACACAGGGCUUAACAGGGCCUGCACUCCUAUCCUGAACUUCCAGAUCUGUGGCUGCCAGCCCUGUGGCAUGGAUGGGGAAGAGCCUGGCCAAGACCCCCAGAGCCUGAACAAGAAGCCUGGGAGUGUGGCCACUGCACAGGAUGGGUUCUGGAGCUCACGCCCUUGCCAGGCCACUUCCAGCAUUGGAAGUCCAUCAGCCCUGGCUUUGAAUCCUACCUCCAAUAUGCUCUAGCUGUGUGGCCAACAGUGGGCAAGUCAUUUACCUCUUGGAACCUCAUCUGUGAAAUGUGGAAGAUUGAUUCCUACCUUAUGGGGCUGUGAUGAGGAUUUCAUGAGAGGAUAACAUAGUAGUGCCCUUGGCAUGGCGCCUGUCACUUAGUCAGUGCUCUGUAAUCAGCAGCUGGUAUUAUUAUAACAGUUUAUCAUGCAUCUGUCUUCCCACCUGAAACGUGGGACAGUAAUUCCUGUCAGACUGGCUUGAAGGACAUGGUGUCGUCUGUGUGAGCUGUGGGGUCAUUAUAGGUGGCAUUACUGCCACUCAGAGGCCAGCCCAGCCCUACAGGGGUACAGAGACACACCCAGUUCCCAGCACCAGGGGAAGCUGGAUGACAGCUUCAAUCCAUCAGUGAUAGGCCUCAGUCCAGCCUGACUUUAUAGACCCCAGGGGUACUUAAGUCUGUGGGGGGUGAAGUCUAGCCCAGUUCUUCCUCCACACGGCUGCUGCCCAGAGCAGGCAGGCAGGUAUGGGAUGGGGGUAGGAGUGCCCUGGGCCUUGAUAGACUAGUUAAUCAGCUUCCAGAGCAAGGCUCCAAGGAAUAGCAGUGGGUUUGGGCAGGAGCUGUGUCUCUUGUCCGCAGCAGUUUAGGAUCUGGUUAUCCCUAGCCCUGCAGACUGAAGAGGAGCUUGAGGAAGCCUCAUGCAUGAAGGGACAUAGAUCUCAGUUCUACCUUGCCCAACUCUAGCCUGGUUUUGCCGUGUACUGCUGAGUUCUGCAGGGGAUGGGGUGUGCUUUUCUGCUCUGCAGGCUCCUGCCCUCUUUCCACUGAUGCAGGAUCUCAGCACCAUGACGGUUUCAUACACUCUCAAAGUAGCAGAGGCCCGCUUUGGAGGUUUCUCUGGACUUCUUCUUCGAUGGAGGGGAAGCAUCUACAAGCUCCUCUACAAGGAAUUCUUCCUCUUUGUGGCCUUGUACGCUGUGCUUAGCAUCAUCUACCGGCUGCUGCUGACCCAGGAGCAGAGGCAUGUGUAUGCUCAGGUAGCCCGGUACUGCAACCGCUCAGCGAACCUCAUCCCUUUGUCCUUUGUACUGGGUUUCUAUGUGACUCUGGUGGUGAACCGCUGGUGGUCUCAGUACACAAGCAUCCCUCUGCCAGACCAGCUGAUGUGCGUCAUCUCUGCCAGCGUGCACGGCGUGGACCAGCGGGGCCGCCUGCUGCGCCGCACCCUCAUCCGCUACGCGAACCUGGCUUCCGUGCUGGUGCUGCGCUCGGUCAGCACCCGCGUGCUCAAGCGCUUCCCCACCAUGGAGCACGUGGUGGACGCAGGUGCGCCGCUUGCCGGAAGCCUCUGUGGGGCCGGCCCACGGCCGGAUGCAGGUUUCAUGUCCCAGGAAGAGAGGAAAAAGUUUGAGAGCCUGAAAUCCGACUUCAACAAAUAUUGGGUGCCCUGUGUGUGGUUCACCAACCUAGCGGCCCAGGCCCGGAGGGACGGGCGAAUCCGUGACGACAUCGCUCUCUGUCUACUUUUGGAAGAGCUGAACAAGUACCGAGCCAAGUGCAGCAUGCUAUUCCACUAUGACUGGAUCAGCAUCCCCCUCGUCUACACCCAAGUCGUGACCAUAGCUGUCUACUCCUUCUUUGGCCUCUCCCUGGUUGGCCGACAGUUUGUGGAGCCAGAGGCAGGGGUUGCCAAACCUCAGAAGCCUCUGGAGUCAGGCCAGGAGCCAGCCCCGGCCCUGGGAGACCUGGACAUGUAUGUGCCUCUCACCACUCUACUGCAGUUCUUCUUCUAUGCUGGCUGGCUCAAGGUGGCUGAACAGAUCAUCAACCCAUUUGGUGAGGACGAUGACGACUUUGAGACAAACCAGCUCAUAGACCGCAACUUGCAGGUGUCCCUUCUAUCCGUGGACGAAAUGUACCAGAACCUGCCCCCCGCCGAGAAGGACCAGUACUGGGAUGAGGACCAGCCGCAGCCACCCUACACUGUGGCCACGGCGGCCGAGUCUCUGCGGCCCUCCUUCCUGGGCUCCACCUUCAACCUGCGCAUGAGCGACGAACCUGAGCAGAGCCUGCAGGUGGAGGCGUCGCCCGCGUCGGGUCGGCCCGCGCCCGCCGCGCAGACCCCGCUGCUCGGCCGCUUCCUGGGCGCAGGGGCGCCCUCCCCGGCCAUCAGCCUCCGGAACUUCAGCCGCGCGCGAGGCACCCCCCGCACCCCGCAUCUGCUUCGCCUCCGGGCCGAGGAGGGCGGAGACCCCGAGGCCGCAUCCCGCAUCGAAGAAGAGGCGGCGGAGUCCGGGGACGAGGCCCUGGAGCCUUGAGGUCUCGCCUGCCCCCGCCUGCUUCCCCACACACACUGCCCCCCUUCCCUGCCAUGCGCGGUCCUGCUUGCCAGUUCUAUUAAACCAGCUUUUCCUGAGUGCCUUGAAGGCCAAAGCAUUUAGGGACAGAACUUGAAAAAGAAGAUGACAGGAAGGGCCUGGGCCAGGUCUGGGAAUGUGUCCACUUUGGUGGUAGAGAAGGUUGGAUGGGUUGCUUAGGGGAGGUGAAAUUAGAAAAAUAAAAGCCUAGCCACAGAGGACCAGGUGUAAGGUUAGCUUCACAGCAACGGGAAGUUAGGCCAGUGGUUCUCAAACUUGAGUAAGGAUCAGCAUCACUGAAGCUCUUGUCAAAAGAGUGCAUUAGAUUUGGGAUGGUGCCCGAUAACUUGCAUUUCUAACAAGUUCCCAGGUGACGCUGUGCUGCUGGUCCAGGAAGCGCAAUCUGAGAGUCACGUGAAGCAGUGCUUGAAGAGGUAUACGUUACCCUGGUAACCUUACUCAGAAGAGGCAUCCCUGUGUGCUGGGGGACUUCUGCCUUAUCUGUAAUGUUCAAGUUUUUGUUUACAUUGAGAAUAUAUUCAAGUUUUUCUUUAA